AUGAUGACAACCACGAAACCCAAGACACGUCCGGAUGAUGAUCCAGCUAAAGGCUCCGUAAAAUCGGCCUACUCCCUCAUUGGGCUCCAAGUUCUUUCUCGCCUCGCCACUUUUACUCUUAAUCAGCUACUACUCCGACUUGCCUCUCCCAAAGUCUUCGGCACAGCCGCGAUCCAGCUCGACCUUUUGCUAUCUACUGUUCUUUUUCUUUCCCGUGAAGGUGUUCGAAAUGCGAUUCUUAGAAUACCCCGAGAACAAUCAAUCUCGCCGAAAGUUAAAAAUGUUUCUACAAUCCCAAUCCUCAUAGGCGCUCCGCUGGCAUUUGGUCUAGCUCUCGGCUACCGCACAAUUGCUUCUCCCUCUACUCGGGCGCAGCCUUACUUCGAUCAAGCGGUAUCCAUAUACGCUCUUGCCGCGUUGAUAGAUCUUGUCUCUGAGCCUUUACAUAACCGUGCCCAGAGCCUCAUGAGAUUUAAUCUUCGGGUAAAGGCCGAAGGAACCGCAAUUGUCAGUCGGAGUGUUUGUACGGUAGUUGCAUUGAUGGCUGCCGGAGAGCAUUGGAGCCUUGUUGCUUUUGCGACUGGCCAGCUGGCUUACGCAGUUACCGUAUUAUUGGUAUAUACCAUAGCAUUUUGGAAGGAGGGGGGGUUCCAGAUAUUUCCUCGCCGAGUACAUGAAAAUGGAGUCAGUGCAGUUGCAUUUGACCCUACAUCAUCGAAGUUAGCGUUGACAAUGACUGGUCAAUCAGUAUUCAAGCACUUUCUUACCGAAGGCGACCGGAUUGUUAUAUCUCGUGUGUCUCCGCUAGAAGAUCAAGGAGGAUAUGCAGUUGCCUCAAACUACGGCUCGCUUGUGGCGCGUAUCCUAUUCCAGCCAAUCGAAGAGUCCAGUCGACUUUAUUUUUCCAAAACACUGUCCCCACCACUGCAUGAGAAGGGAUCCAAAACAAUUAAACCCUCUAAGGAAGCUCAAUUCCAAGCUUCGACUACACUACAAUCCAUUGUAUUCCUCCAUUUUCACUUGGCAAUUGCAUUAACGACACUUCUGGGUCCCCUCGUUCCGUUCCUCUCUGAUAUUCUGCUUCCUCCCCGAUACCGUUCGACGGCUGCACCGCGCAUUCUUCGAGCUUACUGUGCUUAUAUUCCCGCAAUGGGGCUGAACGGUAUCCUAGAAGCAUUCGUGCACGCUACCGCAUCGCCAGCUCAACUCCAGUCCCAGGCCCGAUGGAUGGUGGCUUUCUCAAUCGCUUUUGCUGCGGGCGUUUCUUUGGGGGCGUCGGGUGCUCUGGGAGUCAAGUGGGAUGACACUAUGUUGGUUUGGGCCAAUGUAGCCAACUUGGGUGCGAGAGCGCUAUACGGAUGGGUAUUUGCGCGUAGGUACUUUGGGGGAGAUUUAGUAUGGCUGCGGAGUGUGCGGCCUUGCAUUCCUGGGAUCAUUGCAUUCACUUUGAGUGGUUUUCUGGCGAGGUGGAGCGAAGCCAAUUUUGACCAGCGAGGACAACGAUUCAAGCACGUAGGCAUCUGUAUCGGAUGUGGAGUGAUUAGUUUGGCAAUUUGUUUAUGGUCCGAUAGAGCACGUUUUAUUAGCAUCUUCAAGGCUGUUCAAGGGCGGAAGAAGGUAGAAUAG